CAGCCCUGCAGUCUCCACGCUCAGCUGAAAGCUAAACUUCUCUCAACUCAAACCAUUCCUAAACUAGAAAGAAUUUCUGCAUCUCGAAUUGAUAGAAGCUUUGAUCUAUAUUAUUAUGGGAGGGAAAAGGCCCAGCGAAAAGAAAUGGGUUCUUUCGAAUUCCCCUGAUCAGAAGAAGAAGGCAGAGCAAGAUAUAGAAAAUGGUGGAGAAGAAGAAGAAGAGGAAGCGUUAUCACUGAGCGAUCUUCCAAAUGAAAAUCAUGAAACCCAAUUCCAUAAAUACUCUCCUCCUCCCGGCGAUGGAGCUAGGGAGGAGGAAUUCGAUUUCUGCUCUAUCGCCGGUUCCAUGAAGGAUUCCGAGAUGUGUGUUGCCGACGAACUGUUCUUCCAGGGCCAGAUUCUGCCUCUCCCCCGGCGACAUUCCGUCAGCGCCGAUUCGGCUCCGGCCAUCCUCCGGUGCAAUUCCUUCGAACGGUGCCGCUCCGCCGGGUGCACGACGAGCGCCAGCAGCAGAAGCAGCAGCACAAGAAGCCACCAGUCCUCCAGCAGCGCCGCUUCAUCGGCCGGCGCCGCCGCACACGGCAAGCCUCCGGUGAGAGCCUGGAACCGGUUCCAGUUUUCCCAGCCCAGCCCGACCCCCCAUAUCCGGAUCUCCAAGACGACUUCUUCACACGCACACGCCACUCCGUCCAGUAAACAUUCCCGGGGCUCUUUGGCUCUGUGGACCUUGUUUCGGGUAGGUCUGGUGACAUUACCCGAAACAGGGUCACAGAGCUUCAGCCGGGUCAGAAGCAGAAACAAGAACAAGAACUCUUACAAAUUUGUCCGCAGCGAAAGCGGCAGAAGCAGCGUGGACGACAGCAGAAGUAACGUCACCAAGAAGCUGAAACGGAUCUUUGUCGACAGAAAUUUGGGAUUUUUCGACAGCUGCAAGUGUUCUGGUAAUUCAGUUGAAACUACUCCUCUGACAUCCGAGAAUAAUGUCCGGGAAAUGAAAAAGAAGAAGAAGAAGAAGGAUGGAGUUGGAGCAGGAAGGAAUUCUAUGUCUCGUAAUCGAACGUUUGAAUGGUUGAAACAGCUUUCACUAGAUGGUGAAGGUCUCACCAACCCCAGGCUAGAUCAAACUCUUAAUCAAUAGUAUCAUCCAUUCAGUUCGAUUUACUAUAUGUUCUGAUACUUUUUGGUGUGUUUUAUUAAUGUAUUGAAGGUUGAAGGAUUAAGAUUGAAUGAUGUAUAAUCUAGAAAAUCAGGGUCGCAAUAGUUUUUAUUAUCACACGAAGUAUUUAUCCAUAUAUCAUCUCAUUCUUCAGUUAGGCUGUGUUUGUAUCCAUUUCAUCUCAAUACAAUCCACACAACUAAUUCAUAUUAGUCAUUCUUUUCAUUUCAUGUUAAAUUUUAUCAAUAUUUCGUCCUCAUUAUUCA